GUCCAUCGUCAUGGUGCACGUUCUCCAAUUCAUUUUUUCCCUAAUAAUCAGUAUGUUAAUCAAUGGCCUGUUAAUCCUGGAAUGCUUACAAAGAUAGGAAUGAACAUGACAUAUAGAUUAGGAGAGUUUUUAAAAAAGCGAUAUAUUGUUGAGUCUGGUUUUAUUAAUGAAAGCUAUGUACAAAAAGAGUUUUUAGAUGGAAAAAAUAUGACUAGAUAUUUAAGAACAAAGAUUGGGAAGACUUUGGAUGUCCAACACUGGACCAACACUGCUUUUAUUUGGCAUCUACUGCCAACACUGCUUUAACUUAGCAUCUACUUUUUAAGUUCAGAGUUACUAGCAAAACAAGAAAGAAUGUUAAAGAGCAAGAAAGUGAUUAACAGAAAAAAUUAAAAAGCUGCAUUUUAUGAAAAAAAAAAAAAAAAAAAAACAAGACAAGAGAAUGAAUAAAAGCACUGAUAUUUAUAUCCGAAGCUCAGAUGAAUCAAGAUGUUUACAAAGUGUAGAAACAGAGCUAGCAGGUCUUUUCCCACCAAUUGGAUAUCAGGUUUGGAAUAAGAAUAUUAAUUGGCAACCUAUACCUAUUCAUUCAGUUCCAUUUGACAAUGACCCGGUUUUGCGACCUCAUGAGACUAAUUGCCCUCGUCUUAAAGAAAUAUUGCAUCAAUUGACAUUAAAACCUGAAUAUAUUAAAAAGGAACACGAUAACCAGAAUUUUCUUAAAGAUUUGAGUAAUUACACUGGAAUGAAAGUUGAUUUUACAAAUAUUUGGAAAGUUGACGAUGUCUUUGAAUGUGAAGCAGCUCAAGGUUUUAGUCCACCAAAAUGGUACAAAGAUAUAGAGAUGCAACUUCUGGAUAUAUGUUCAUGGGUGUUUUUGUAUCAAUAUAAGAACGCUGAUGACGAGCUAGGAAGAUUAUUGGGAGGUACACUUUUGGACUGGAUAAAUACUAAUAUGAGAAAUUUUAAAACUAAAAGAUCUUAUGAUGAGGUGUACAAGAUAUCAAUUUUUUCAGGGCAUGAUAAAUCAAUACUGGCAUUAGCAGCUACAUUGGAUUUGGAAAUAACAGUACCAACAUUCGCAUCUUGUUUUAUGAUUGAAAUGUACGAAGAUAACAACGGAAAUUUUUUAGUGGAAAUGCAUUUUCGAAAUGAUACAUCUGGAAAUACCUUUCUCUUCAAACUCAAAGAUUGUGAUAUUUCUUGCCCUCUUGAACAAUUUUUGAGACUUACAAGUAGACGAACAACAACAAAACAAGAUUGUUUUCCUCAUGAAAAAUUUUUCUUGACACAGCCACAAUUAAAAAUUGGGUUCUUUGUAUUUAUGAUAUUGACCUUGUUACUAAUGGUAACGCUGAUGGUCAUAAUUAUUCGUAGGAGAAAGGUUUUAAAUCGAUUGAAGUUUUAUAACUCCUCGCUAAAAAAUAGUGAACUUGGACAACUAUUAGCCGAAUAAAAUAGUGAACUCGGACAAUUAUUAGCCAAAUAAUCCCCAAGAAAGAUUUUUUUCAUAUAUAUAUGUACCCCUAAUAUAGUAUAAACAUCGAGCUUUUCAUAAAACACUCCUUGAAACGAGACUGUGCUUGUUAAAAUAUAAAUAAACCUACGUUUUUUAAAAAUGGCAGUCAUUAAAUCAAAAUCAAAUAACAACACAAAGAAGUUUUUUUAUAUAUAUAUUUAUUUAUAUUAAUAAUAAAAACGAUAAAAAUAAUUUGAAUAAUAACAACAUUAAUAAUGUUAAUAAUAGAAAUUAUAAGAAAACAAACAAGUUUAAACCAGUUUAGAAAAGAUGAAAAUAUUUACGUUAACAUAAAAUAUUUACGUAUUAUUAAACAACCAAAAAAAGCAUCAUUAACUAAUAAUAUUAGCUGAGAAUGUUUUACUUAUUGUUUUUCACAUAGGUCUGAUUUUUAAGAUGGAAUUAGAGUUCCAACAAAUAUCAGCUUUUUGAACUGAAACAUGAAAAAAAAAAAAAAAAAAAAAACCGUAUACGAUUUUAUGCUUUUUUCAUGCAAAUUACAUCAAACAAUUCUCUUAGAGAAAAACAUUUUGAUGUAAUUUAACAACAACGAAAUAUAUAUAUUUUCAUAUCAUUACAUAAAAAAAUAUAUGAUAAUAUUAAUUAUACUAAAAUAAAUCAUAUUAUUAAUGUAAUUCGGAAAUGACUUAUUUUUAAGAUAUAAAUUGUUUAAAUGACUGAUGUCGUUUAAACAAUUUAUAUCUUAAAAAUCAAAUUUAACUUGAAUUUUUUUUUUGAUAAUAUUUUUUGGUUUCUAAUAUUAAGGUAGUAAUAAAAAUGCAUCAUAAUAUAGACAACAUCAAGAUAUUAAAAUCCUCUUAAGUAUGCCAAAAGCGUUUGCAGUCUUUUUAAAUGAGAACAACUCUAUUUAUUAUAUGUAUACUACUAUUCUAUAAACAAUAAUAUACUAAUUAAAAGUUUAAAUUUAUAAAGUUAAUGAAGAAAUUUCUACAUUUUAUUCUGAAAUUAUACAAAGUAAUAGUUUAACGCUGAGUUUGUUUUAAUCGUGACAAGCACUACCUCGCUUUGAAAAAUGUUCUUUAUCCGUCGGAGAUAUUUAUAAGAAGGUCUUUUGAUUACCAAGCAAAACUCGCGUUCUCUCGCACACAUACGCUCAAGAAUAACAAUUCCUUCAUUUUCGAUUGUUUUAAUAAAAAGUGUUAAUGAUGUUGCUUUUUGUAGAUAUGUACAAUUUUAUAAAAGUUUUUUGUACUUUUGAAAUGUUUAUUUAUAAAUUUGUUUGUGCUUGAUGUAUCUUAUGGAAAAUGAACAAGAUUUAUUAUAUUUA